GUCUCUUUCAAACAACAGGUUGACGGGCGCCAUUCCCAGCGACAUAUUCACAUUUUCUCAGCUCGCUUAUCUGUCUCUCUCAAACAACAAUUUGAAGGGCUCCAUUCCUGACAGGAUCUCCGACCUUUCUCAGCUCACUUGGCUGUCUCUUACAAACAACAACUUGACCGGCUCCAUUCCCAACGGCAUCUCUGUGCUCGUGCAGCUUGCUAAUCUGUAUAUAGAAAGGAAUCGCUUGGUUGGAUCUAUUCCAUCCACUCUCAGCCGCUUGAUCAAUUUGGUGAACUUGGAUCUCUCAUCCAAUGCCCUGAGUGGCCCCAUGUUCACCAACUUCGCCUUCCUUGAUGGCCUCACUUACCUAAACCUCUUUGAUAAUAACCUCAGCGGGGAGAUUCCAGCUGAGAUUGGAGGCCUCACAAGAUUGAAGUACUUCAACAUCUCUGGCACCAACCUCACAUGCCCACCUGUCAACUCCACCUGUGGCAUCACACAAUCUGCUACCACACCCUUUUGCCGCAUAUGUGAACCCUUCUGCAAUUCUUGCAGCAACCGAUCUGCAGAAAUCAGCAGCGGCGGCAGCAGCAGCAGCAGCAGCGGCAGCAGCAGCAGCGGUAGCAGCAUCAGCAGCAGCAGCAGCGAAUCUUCGUCAGCAGGCGGUGGGGGUGGAGUGUCAGUGGGAGUCAUCAUUGGCAUUGUUGUUGCCGCUGUGGUGAUUCUUCUGCUUCUUGUCGCCACUCUGGUUUACUUCAGGCACAAGUUACAGCCGAAGCCAAUAGGCCCGACCAGCAGCCUGGCAACCUCGCACUGCACGGAGUUCUCGCUGGCUGAGAUCCAGCAGAUGGCCGACAAAAACCAUCCCAACGUUGUGAAGCUCCUUGGCUUUGCGAUCGGAGGAGACUUGAGGACACAGCCAGAGCAAGUUCUCAUCUAUGAAUACGUUCCCAAUGGCGAUCUUAACAAAUGGAUCGGUCAAAAUGCCGAACGCCCUCUGACUCUGAAGCAGCGGCUGGACAUUUUAAUUGGCAUGGCAAGGGGCUUGGAGUACCUCCACAGCUUUGGCAUCGUGCAUCGCGACAUCAAGCCUGCCAACGUCCUCAUCACCGAGAACAUGCAGGCAAGAUUGAGCUCGGAAACCGCCAUUCGCACCUACCGCACCAAUCUCCAAGAGCACCUGCGCCUGCAACUGCGUUACGAGGAUGACAGGCGCAUCUAUGACGACGCCGCUGCCCGCUACAACAAGUACCAGGAGGACCUGGACACCUACACUGCAGAACUUGCAGACUACACCACGAAAAUUACUGCCUGGCGGGUUGCUGAUCGACGUGCGCUUGCCAUUCUUCUCGCCACCAUCCCCUCCUCCCUCAAACGCGAGCUCUCACCUACCUCCUCCCACCUGUGGCGACUGCUGGUCGACCUUUUCGAUCGGCAGGACGUUGCCACUCUUUACGCCCUUAUCCAGGAGUUUGGAACUCUCUCCAUGGAUUCCACUUCUGGCGCAGCUGCUUUCACUCGCCGUGUCUUAGACCUUUCUCGGCGCCUUGCAGCACUCGAUGUGGUGUACCCGGACACCGUCAUCUGCUGCCACCUCCUCGAGGGCCUCACACCUGCCUUCGACGCUCACAAGCUUGCUUACAUGCAGCUUAUCUCCAAGCACCACACCCCUGCCGAAGUCGCUCAGUGGAUUAUCACCACCGAAGCUGAGAUCCUUCGCCACUCUUCCUCCACAGCCGCAGCAGCCCAGUCGCGCAGCAGCCGGGGUGGCCGUGGCGGUGGGCGUGGGGGUGGGCGUGGUGGUGCGCGUGGGGGUGGACGAGGGGGAUCAGUAGGUCGCGGUGGUGCUGGCAGCAGUGGUGCGGGUCGUGGUACGGCAGCUGCCUUUCCUCCCUGUCAGUAUCUGCCUCGCUACGGUCCCACUCAGGGACAGCGCUGCGGCCAAACUACCCAUGCCACUGAGACGUGCUUCAAGGCACUCAGUGAUGAGUGGUUUGCCCGUGGCAACACCGGCACCCCUCCUCGCUGGUCCGCCCUCAACCCUCGCCCCACUCCCCUUGAGGUCCGUUCCUCUCCCCUCUAUGAACCUCCCUCCUCCACCCACGCUCACCAGGCCCUCGCCCCUCCCCAGCAGCAGCACCAGCAGCAGCAACAGCAGCAGCAGUUGCUUGGGAAUCAGCAGCAGGGGUCACAGCAGCUAGGCCACCCCAACUUCGCUACUCUGCGCUCCUCUGUCUCCUCCGGUCUCCUCCACGGUCUCCCCUCCUCCCUCCCUCCCCUCCCCAAAUCCCCUGCACCCCCCUGCACCGCAAAAAUUGCAGACUUUGGGCUGGUGAGGCUGGGGGAGGGCACGAGUGUGGGUACGACACGCAUCAUGGGCACACCGGGCUAUGUGGAUCCGGCCUACUCCCGCACGUCCAAGGCCACGACCGCCAGUGAUGUGUACAGCUUUGGAAUGCUCAUGUUGGUCAUCCUCACAGGACGCCCACCAUUCUUAGGGACUGAUGGAGACGGUCAGCAGAUCACUACAUGGGCGUUUGAGCGCAUGUCCUCGGGGGACAUGGGAAGCCUCAAGGAUCCCACCAUGGACGCCCCUACAGAUGCUGUGCUGUGUGUGGCUCAGCUCGCUCUCUCCUGCACCGUGGAGCGCACUGCAGCCCGCCCGAGCAUGGCACACGUCGCCAACGAGCUGCAGGUCAUCAGGGAGGAAUGGGUGGGGAAAGAGGAGCUGAGCGCGGCUGUGAAGGUGGAUUCACGAGUGCAGGAGAUGAAGGAGGUCAAAGCCAGCGUGCUAAGCCUCGACACAGAGCUUCGCAUUAUUGAAGACAACUUGGCGGAAGGAUAG